CCCUCCAUCCCCCGCCCCUCCGCCUCCGUCCUCGUAAUCUCCCCCAACAACCAAAUCCUCCUCCUCCAACGCGUGCGCCAAUCCUCCUCCUUCCCCUCCGCCCACGUCUUCCCCGGCGGCAACGUCUCCACCUUCCACGACGGCGAUGCCCCUCCCCCGGACCAUCCUGGCCGCCACGUCGACAGCGAAGUCUACCGCCUGGCCGCGAUCCGCGAGACGUUUGAAGAAUCGGGGAUCUUGCUCGCGAGGAAUAAUGGGUUUGGGAGACUAAUUGAGGUGCCGGAGGAGGAGAGGGAGGAAGGGAGGAAGGCGGUGCAUGGGAAUCAGGUGCCGUUUACGCAGUGGUUGAGUCAGAAAGGUGGACGGGCGGAUUUGGAUGGGUUGUUGCCUUUUACACGAUGGGUGACGCCGACGAAUGUGCCGAAACGGUUUACGACGCAGAUGUACCUCUACUUCCUGCCGACGCAAUCUACGACUCCGCUGGGAGCAGAGGGGAAAGAGCAAGAAGAGGAGGAAGUGCGGAUCCCCGUUCCCACAACCGAUGGAGGGCUUGAACACACAACCGCACGAUUCCUCCCCGCGAGCGCAUGGUGUCGACUCGCACAGGAAGGGCGAAUCAUCCUCUUCCCACCGCAAUUCUACCUCCUCCAUCAAAUCGCACAGCACUUUGAUGAUCUCAAGGCGCCGACGGAUUAUGCGAGUAUAUCGAAAGAGGCGGUUCCGAGGGAGGAGUUGGAGAAUCGGAGGAAGGCGUUGGUGGAGUUUGUGAAGAGUGGGAGUCCGCCGUGGACGGAGAAGUGUAUUAGUCCAAUUGUGCAGCCGCCGAGAGAUGGGAAGCCGAGGGAGGACGGGAGGGCGGUGUUGGGGUUGAAUCGGCCGGGACCGGAGUUGGAGAAUGCGGGGCUGGAGAGGAGCGGGGUGAGGGAGGAGUGUGUGUUGGUGGAUUUCCAGAAGGGAGGGCCGAGGAGGGUGGCGGUC